GCCCCUUUCGAAGCGAGAACGCCAUCGGUCUCUCUUUCCUAUUUUCCUCCCUCUCUCACUCUCCUCAUUUACCCCCAAUUUCCUCCCAAAGUUUCCUCCCAAAUUCUCAAUCUCAAAACCCUAGCCUCCUCCAUCACCGAUCACAACCUCUCAUCGGAGGAGAUCGCCGGCCUGCAUUGCUCCAGUCCCGAUGGAGCCGCCGCCAGCAGCAGAGCUCGCCGCUCAAAGCACCAUGCUUUGUCUCUUUGCUGGGAGUUCGUCGUAUCAGGACCCUGACGUGAUCGAGUUAACGGGGCCGUCGACUUCUUCUUGGAGUUUAAGUAAUCAGAAGAGAAGGAGAACUCAGGUUGUCCCUCGUGAGGUAAUUGACGUGGAUAAAGAUGAUGAUCCAGAAGUCAUGUUUAUUGAUGGAAGUUCUUUGGAUUAUAAGGACAAACAGUCUAGGAGACGUGGCAAGGAUCUUGAAAAGCAAGUAAAGAAGCCUGUGCGAGACAAAUCAAGUAGGAUGCAGCCACAGAUCGUGAUUGAAGAAGAUGAAAUUGACUUGAAAUUCAAAGCAUUUAAACAGUUUGAUACUGUUCAAGGUAAUCAUGACCAUUAUUAUGCAAAUCCAGAGAAUGUCAAAGGGAUAAGAAUCACAAAAAAGACAUCAAAAGAUUGGGCAAAGAGGAUUCAACACGAGUGGAAAGUCCUGGAGAAAGAUUUACCAGAAACAAUCUUUGUCAGAGUUUAUGAAGAUAGGAUGGACAUUCUGAGGGCUGUUAUAAUAGGACCAGCCGGAACUCCUUAUCAUGAUGGUCUCUUCUUCUUUGAUGUUUACUUUCCUCCUAAUUAUCCCAAUUCUCCUCCGAUGGUACAUUACCACGCCGGUGGACUUCGGCUUAAUCCAAACUUAUAUGCUUGUGGAAAGGUUUGCCUUAGCCUUCUAGGUACUUGGUCUGGCAAUGGGUGCGAGAAGUGGAAUGCAUCCAAGUCAACCAUGUUGCAAGUCUUAGUGUCUAUUCAAGCUCUUGUCCUGAAUGCGAAGCCUUACUUUAAUGAGCCUGGAUUUGUAGGGUCUGAAAACACAGAACACGGGAAGAAGAAUUCCUUUGAAUACAAUGAGAAUACCUUCCUUUUAUCAUGCAAGACAAUGUUGUAUUCACUACGGAGGCCACCAAAGCAUUUUGAAGAUUUCGUCGCUGGUCAUUUUCGCAAGCGUGGACGACCUAUCCUUGUUGCAUGUAGGGCUUACUUGGAUGGUGCGCAGGUUGGAUGUUUAGCUGGAGGAGGUGUACAGGAUGUCGAUGAAGGCGACAAGAGUUGUUCACCUGACUUCAGAAAAUCACUGAAUUUGCUCUUUAAUGACCUGUUGAAGGAGUUUAAAGCAAAAGGAGCUGAUUGUGAUGGAUUUCUUCCUCAUCAAAAUCAAGACAGAAUCAUCAAUGGAGCAGCAGACACCACCCUUAGGCUAUAAGAUACCUGUUUGGAUGCAGAAAUUAUCUUGCAGUGGAGAGAAGACAGUCUUAACUAUAGUUAGUUCGAGGAAACCUUGUAACUAGGGCACGUGCAUAUCUAGAUUGCUCUUUUGAUGCUUUGAUUUGUUGGUUAUAGGAACUGCUUAGAUACUUUAUAGCAUUUCUAGGUGCAGUUGGAUGGUAUUUAUAGGUAAAAUGUUCCUUUCCCCCCCUCUUGGGGAUAUGUAUAGGUCUGCUUCAGUUAGGUAAAGUUAUUGCUCUAAGGCUGGAAACUAUGGGGCGCUUCACUUCAGGUAUCAAGAUUUCUUGUGUCA